GAUAAAUACAGCGGUAGUCCCUCUAACCAAAUGAGGACAGUUUAAACAAAUGGUCUACCGUUACAGAAGUGAUAUGCGCUUAAUGUGCCUGUAGGUAUCUGCUGAUAUUUUAAGAUUUAAAUUUCAAAAUGAGUCAGAUUUAUAAACAUUAGGGUCAAGGGUUACUGUUUUGGGACGGAACAAGCAAAGAGGUUUUGGUGUUUUAAGCAAUCACCGGCAAGCUUAAGACUGGAGGAAUGUAAUAUCUUUUUCAAGGAGAAAGUAUGAUUGGAUAAAUUUUGUAUUGAUAGUGUAGCGUUAAAGAAUCAUUUUGUUUAAAAUCAAUAUUAAGAAGACAGGACAAAAUUAAGAUAGUGUUGAAAAGAGUGUACAAAUUAACAUUCUUUCAUGUUUGAAAAUGAUUAACAUCCUAGCAAAGUGAAUGUCUCAACGUAAGAUUUAUUACUCUUAUGAUUUACUUGCUAUUAAAUCGGAAAGAUUUUUAAUAUAAGUGUUUUAAUUCUAAGGGUUAUUUCUUACUAAAGUAUAAAUGUUACAAAUGGAAGGCGCGAGUGCAUAUUAUAAUCAACCUAUGCAAUAUGCACAUGACAACAGUUAUAGUGCCGUCAGUGGUGCUUAUCAUUCAUCGCAGCCGGCUUGCGUGUAUGCCAGAAACACCGGGAAUGGCGGGUAUGGUGGGCAACCCAUGUCCGUGGUGGAACAAGGACUUCAUGGAAUUAGUCAAAACGCUCAGCAAAUAUCACACAAUCAUGGAAUACAACAACAGGCUCUACAACACAUGAAUCCAGGGGUAGCACAGUCACAAAUGGCCAACACGACUCCGGCACAUAUGCAAAGUGUUCAAAGUGCUCAUCAUCCGAUGGCAGUUCCGCAGAUGCAGCUUUCGACUCCUCCGCCGGCACACCAACCACAGAACACAGCUCAGAUGUCCCCGGAUGUAGACGACGGUGGGUUACAUAGUCCUCAAAAAAGUCCGAACUCUAAUUUACAGUUUCCAUGGAUGAAAACAACAAAAUCUCACGCAGCACAAUGGAAAGCUCAAUGGCCAGGUGCCCAGUAUUCAAUGGAAGAUGAGAACAAGCGAACAAGAACAGCUUAUACUAGAGGGCAGCUUCUCGAGCUUGAAAAAGAGUUUCAUUUUAACAAAUAUAUUUCACGACCUCGUCGGAUAGAACUUGCUGCCAUGUUGAAUUUAACAGAGAGACACAUAAAAAUUUGGUUUCAAAACAGAAGAAUGAAAUGGAAAAAGGAUGAAGCUAAGCGACGCCCACGCCCCCUAUCAACCGGAAGUGCUGAUUCUCCUCCUAGCCCGAUGUCGUCACAUCCGGAUUCCCCGCGUUCCGAGAGCGAAACAGACAAUAACAAUUCUAUUCAUACAAAACUUGGUGCAAGUAAACUAGAAAUCUCAUUGUCAGAUAUCGAUUCAAAGCCAAAAUCGGAAAAUGAUAUAGAUCAAAAGAAACAUUGUGGGGAUCUGAAAUCUCCUACAACAUUAUAGAGACAGCUAUGAGCAACUUGUUUUCUUGUCAAAUACAUUAAAAUGCUAGUCUCCACUAAUACAUAAGUCACCAUUUAACAAAUAUUCUACAAAUGUGUCUAUGAUAAAAAUCAAUAAAAAUUCGUCAUAUU